ACGUCAAAUUACAGAUUUGGUCACGUUAUGGGACGGCGGCAAUAUAAAAAAUAUAAAUAAAUAGGUGGUGUCUAAUUAAAAAUUUGAACAAUUAUGGUUCAUUAUGCGCAGAGUUCAAAACCUGAAGUAUCCGUAGCACAAAGUGCAUUUGCCGGGGCAGUAUCAGGCGCAGUAACGAGAGCAAUAGCACAACCUCUAGAUGUCCUAAAAAUAAGAUUCCAACUACAACUAGAACCGAUCAGAAAUGGAUCAAAGUACAGUUCUGUGCUGCAAGCUGUAUCAUCGAUCGUCAAGGAAGAAGGUAUAUCAACAUUAUGGAGUGGCCACAUUCCUGCACAAAUGUUAUCCAUAUCCUUCGGCGUGGUACAAUUUUCAGUGUACGAAAAGCUGACUCAAAUGUAUCAAAAGACUGAUCCCCAGUUUUAUAUAGCUAAUAAACAUUGGAUUAAUUUUUCGAACGGUGCAAUAGCCGCUACGUUUGCCACAAUUACGUCAUACCCAUUCGAUACAGUAAGAACUAGGUUAAUAGCAGAGCAGAAAACAAAUAAAGCAUACAGAGGCUUUACAGAUGCUCUGUUUACAAUGAUUCGGAGAGAAGGACCAAUUUCACUGUUCAAAGGAUUGGUACCCACUGUAGCUCAAAUAGCGCCAUAUGCAGGUGUUCAGUUUGCUGUAUAUAAAUUGUUUACAGAUAAUAUUCUAAAUAAAAUAGCUUUCUUCCAAAGAAGUACUAAUAUGAGCUCAACAAUAGAAACAUCUAUUAUAGCAAAUGCAUUUGCUGGAAGCAUGGCUGGUUUUGUAUCAAAAACAGCUGUGUAUCCGUUUGAUGUUAUAAAGAAAAGGCUGCAAAUACAGGGAUUUCAGGAACAUAGGAAAGCAUUUGGUCGUCAAAUGUAUUGUAGAGGUACUGUGCAUUGUAUUUUCUUGACAAUAAGUGAGGAAGGUUUUCUAGCGUUGUAUAAGGGCUAUGGACCAAGCAUAUUAAAAGCUGUUGUAGUUUCUGCAUUACAUUUCACAGUUUAUGAUGAAAUAAAGCAUAUUAUUUUAAGUAUACGAUAAUUAUCAUUUAUUUAAUGCUAUUUUGUAAGAGAAAAUAUUUAAUCAUGGCAUUUUUUUUUUUGGUAUCUGUUUUGUGUUCAUAUUUAUAGGCAUUAUACUGGAUCUGAUUGACAGAUAAUCAAAAUAUAAUUUGACUAAUAUGUGAAUUUAUUAAUGUGAAUUAAAAUUUGACUGUAAAUGUAAUACAAGAAUGUUACUUAAGAAGUUAAUAUGGUGUAUUGACACUUAUAUAAGCUUUGUAUUUACUAAGAAAACUGUGAUAGUUAAGUAUUAGUAACAUUGUAAAAAAAUUGUUCAUAUCAAUGUUCUAGUCUGUGUAAAUUAUAUCACAAUUUACUGAA